AUGUUCAACGAACUUGGAGAUGUUCAAGUUCCACGUGCUUAUUUCCCAGGUAUAUCGUCAGACGACAUUGAUGAUCUGCAGCUACACAUCUUCGUAGAUGGAAGUGAAACAGCCUAUGCAUGUGUUGCCUAUCUUCGAGCCUCAAUCAACGGUGAAUACCACAGUGCCCUCGUAUCCGCAAAGGCAAAGGUGGCUCCACUGAAAGCGCUGUCCAUCCCAAGGCUGGAGCUUCAAGCAGUACUGAUCGGCUGCAUGCUGAUGAAGACGUUGUGCAGCAGCCACAGCCUCCAGAUAAAGCGAAGAAUAUUCUGGACGGAUUCGACGACCGUCCUUUCCUGGAUCCAUUCCGACCACCGCCGGUAUAGGCAGUUUGUUGCCUGUAGAAUUGGUGAGAUCCUGGCGAAAUCCAAUCCCGAGGAGUGA